UGGCCAAUCUCAACUUCUCUACCGCUUACAUCGUCUACAACAGUUGACGCAGAAUCUACCCUCAAAAUGAACCAUAGCUGUACCCUGUUCCUUACUCCCUCCACUAUUUUCUCCAAAUUUGCCCCCAAAUUCAAUACCCUCAACACUUUCAAUAUUCUCACAAACACAAGAAAAUCAUCCAAAAUAAGUUGCUCUGGCGCCGACAAUUCUCAAAAUCAACAGCAACAGCUCAAUCUAUCUGUUCUUCGCUUCACAUUAGGGAUUCCUGGAUUGGACGAAUCGUAUUUACCCAGAUGGAUUGGCUAUACAUUUGGAUCUCUUCUGAUUUUGAAUCACUUCCUGGGUUCGAAUUCAACCACCGUGACGCCGGUCCAGCUUAGAACCGAGUUACUUGGUCUUUCUUUGGCAGCAUUCUCCGUCAUGCUUCCCUACAUUGGGCAGUUUCUAAAGGGUGCUACUCCGGUGAUUCAAGCAAACAUCCCUGAAGGCGCUGAGCAAAUCUGCUCUUUGCAAAAGAUUUCUAGUAAUUCUGCUGAUAAAAACAAGAUUACAGGGUUUGUGUUGUUGGCAUCUAGCAUUAGUUAUGCAUAUAAUGAUAAAGAUAGAGCCUGGAUAGCAGCCAUUGCUAAAAAGUUUUGA